ACAUUCGUGCAGUCAUAUUCUUUGGCUGCAUCAUCAUGUUUCCCUCCUUCUACCUCCUGCCUUGUAGAUAGCAGGCACGUCACAAGAUGGCCUCGCUGAAAGCGCCGCCCGCGCUGCGGAGAUGGAUCCAGCAAGCCGGACGACAGCAUCCCCAAGUGGCGAAACGUCACGCUGCCACCGCUGCCACACCACUUGAGCACCACACGCCCGAUCCAUAUGUAACACCAACCGAAGUGCCAGCGCCCGCGCCCGGUCUGCACCGAGCGGAGCGCCGACAAGCCGUGCAAAACGCCAAACCCUUCUCCGAAUUCCUCACCGACACCUUACACCGCCAGCAUGAUUACCUUCGCAUCUCCCUCACCGAGCGCUGCAACCUGCGCUGUUUGUACUGCAUGCCAGAGGAGGGCAUUCAGCUCUCCCCGAACAAGGAUCUCCUUACCAGUGCUGAGAUUUACUACCUGAGCGCGCUGUUUGUCAAUCAGGGAGUGAACAAGAUUCGGCUUACGGGGGGCGAGCCGACGGUGCGGAAGGAUAUCAUCCCGCUCAUGCAGCGCAUUGGGAGUUUGCGGAGUAAUGGGUUGAAGGAGUUGGCGUUGACUACGAACGGCAUAUCCUUGCACAGGAAAUUGGAUGCGAUGGUGGAGGCUGGUCUGACUGGCGUCAACAUUAGUCUGGAUACGCUGGACCCCUUUCAAUUCCAGCUCCUGACCCGACGACAAGGCUUCGACGCGGUGAUGAAGAGUAUCAACCGGGUGCAAGAGAUGAACAAAGUGGGCGCAGGCAUCAAAUUGAAGAUCAACGCCGUGGUCAUGCGCGGCCUGAACGAUCACCAGAUCCUGCCGUUUGUGGAGAAGACGCGCGAGGAAGACGUCGAGGUGCGCUUCAUCGAGUACAUGCCGUUUGGCGGCAACAAAUGGAGCGAGAAGAAGAUGCUGCCGUACGCGGAGAUGCUCGACAUGAUUCGCGAGAAAUACCCGGACGUCGCUCGUUUGCAAGACGCUCGCAACGACACGUCCAAGACGUGGCAGGUUCCCGGGUUCACGGGCCGCAUUGGCUUCAUCACCAGCAUGACGCACAACUUCUGCGGGACGUGCAAUCGCCUUCGCAUCACCUCUGACGGCAACCUCAAGGUGUGUCUGCACGGCGACGCCGAGGUCUCGCUGCGCGACCUCCUGCGGGAGGAGCACGGUGGCGAGCCGAUGGACGAGGAGGCUUUCGACGCCGUUCGACAGAUCGAGCUGGACCGGCGGAAGGCGGUGUCGUGGGCUUUUGACGCCGAGGAGGGCUGGGUGAGCCAAGAGCGACGCUUGCUGGAUGUGAUUGGCGCUGCCGUCAAGCGGAAGAAGGCGAAGCAUGCUGGCAUGGGCGCGCUGGAGAAUAUGAAGAAUCGCCCGAUGAUCUUGAUUGAUAGGGAAGUGGUUCCUCGCAACACAACAUGGAGAAGUCACAAACAGCCUCUUCCUGGCGCGCUGACCCGAACCUGGUCUCCACGCGUGCCAGUGCAUCUCCUCAGCUCUCGCUCCCCUACCGUGUCACAGAUGCGAUGGAGUUCCUCAAAUUCAGCCCCUACUCGAGAGAGUUUAACCGGCAGCAGAGAGGCUACCACCAGGCCGACGUCAGCAUUAACCCAUGUCAAGUCAUCAGGCGAGGCGCACAUGGUCGACGUAGGCGCCAAACCCUCCACUCGACGCGUUGCAAUCGCAUGCGCGACAGUCUUAUUCACCAACGGAGAACCCUUCCGCCUCAUCUCCGAGAACAGCAAUAAGAAAGGGGAUGUGCUCGGCGUGGCGCGAAUAGCAGGCAUCAUGGCCGCCAAGCGCACCUCGGACUUGAUCCCGCUCUGUCAUCCCAUCAACAUUUCUAAAGCGGAGGUGGAUGUGCAGCUCGCGGCGCCUGGUGAUGCUGGUAUCGGAGUCUCUGGCGCGGCGAACGCGUACGGCGCUGCUGUUGUACAGGCUCGCGUUGAGUGUGUGGGCCCGACUGGGAUUGAAAUGGAAGCCAUGACGGCGGCGAUGGGAGCUGCGUUGACGGUGUAUGAUAUGUGCAAGGCGGUUGAUCGGGGGAUUAUUAUUGCUAAGGCUACGUUGUUGUACAAGAGCGGUGGCAAGAGUGGGCUGUAUGUCGAUGAAGAAUGGGCUGGUCGGGUUGGGAGAGAGUUCUUUGUCGAGCACGACCUGGAGAUGCCGGAGAGUCUGGCGUGAAAGUGCAUCGGAGAUAAUUACCACGCAUGAGCUCGCCAAUAAGUACGUCGAUUGUACAUUGACCAUGCCACGCCGUCAG